GCCCGGUUUUGGAGGUGUGCUCAUAUACCGCAGCUCCUCCUCUACUAGACAACCUGCUCUCCUUCCUUAUGACCCCUCUGCAUUUUCACUGCUGCUGCCAUUUUUCUCUGCUGCCUGCUUCCGUCACAUAUCAGAUGCAAAAUGACAUCUGGGGCACAACUCGAUGACGAAGUGAAGGAUAUCUUUCAGGAAGUCAAAGUAGUGAAAAAUGAUGAUGAUCACAUGGAGCGUGCAAGACUGGUGGUAUUUGGCUUCAAAAACGAUACCAUUGUUGUGGAGACCAUUUACCGUGGAAGCGAUUUAAAGGACAAGGAUGUCUUUCUGAGCUUCAAGGAACUGCUGGAACCUACAAAGUGCCACUACAUAUUGUAUGACUGCCACUUUAAAACCACUGACUCAGCUAAAGCAGAGCUGGUCUUUGUGCUGUGGUGCCCUGACACUGGACCCGUCAAGCAGAAAAUGAACUUCGCCAGCUCAAAAGAUGCUUUUAAGAAUGUCUUGAGUGGUGUCAAACAUAAUCUGCAGAUGAAUGACCCUUCAGACUGCUCCGACAGGGAGAAUUUUGCGAAACAGCUGGCAAAAAAUAUAACCGAACUUGAGGGUGUCUCUCUGAAGAAGUAGCAGGGUCACCAAAAAUUAAACUGACGUUCUGCCCUCUAGGUUGGACGAGAUUCCUGUAACACAGAUCUCUGAUGUUUGUGCCCCAAUAAAGUAACCAGUCACACCAGUUUGGCUGUGAAAUCAGUCUUGUUCAGAUGUGCUUUUAUUCAUACUUUGUAUCUAUACAUUAAUGAUACUAUUGUCUAUCACUUGACUUUUGGUACAUUUAUCUUUUCCACAAUAGUAAUUUGGUGUUUUUAUGUACAUACUUUUUGCAUCCCAGCUAACUCAAGUAUUCACCAUUUGCCUUCCAUUUAUCCAUUAGCUACUGACGCUGUGUUCACCUCAUAAAACUAUGUUGUGUAAAAUAUCCUCAUGGAGACCUUAGUAGGGUUGACUAGGUCAGAAAUAAAUCUGUUUUUCUAAGCUGUUACAUAUUGAUGGAAAAUUAAAAAGAGCAGUAACACUUUUACAAAGAACAAAAUGUUUCAUUGAAAGAUGUAGUGCUAGUGGUUGUUUCACUGCCUGAGUAUUGUCAAAUAAAUUCAAUGCAACCAGC